GCCUUACUCUGGUCGGGAACGGGAUGGAGGUACGGAGGCAGAGGCUGGCCUGACUCAGGCAGAGCCCCCUCUGCCCCUCGUCUGGCUUCCCUGCAACUUUUCUAGGGCAACUGGAUUUCAUUGAGGAUCCGCCAGAAGAAAAAAGAGCCACUUGCAUGGACUGGAGAGAGUGGCAGGGCAACUAGAUGCACUAGGAAAACUUCUAGCAUCCAGGGAGAAGUGACAGUUACCUCCUUGCUCCCGCCAGCCUCCCUGCCACUUCCUAGCAAACCAUGGAUCCCCGGUCUCUGGAUGCCGCGGUGCAGAACGCCCUGCUAGCCCUCUACCCGCCAUUUGAAGUCACAGCCCCAACUGUCCUCAGCCAGCUCUUCCGCCUGCUCGACAGCAACUACCAGGGCGACGGGUUAUGCUGCCUCCUUGAUUUCCUGAUUCCUGCCAAGCGCCUCUUUGAGCACGUGCGGCAGGUGGCCUGUGCGCCUUACUUUAACUGCAUCUUUCUCCAUGAAGGCUGGCCCUUGUGUCUUCACGAGAAAGUGGUCAUUCACCUUGCACCACUCAACCCCCUCUUACUACGCCCAGGAGACUUCUACCUCCAAGCAGAGCCCUACGGAGAGCAAUCUGCCUGCAUCACUGUAAAGUGCCUCUCUCAGGACUUGCGCACUGUGGAAGAAAGAACAGUUCCUGAAUCCUCCUACACGCUGCUAUUCACCAAGGAGUGGCUGGAGGAAAUCAACCGAGACCUGGAGAGAGCACCUCUGCACACCUGCCUGGUAGCCACAGAAAAGGGAAUUGCCCCUGUGCCUUGGAGUAAGAUAGCCACGCCAGAAUUCGUCAGCAAACCCAAAGCAGCACCAAGUCCCACCCAGGUCGGAGUGUCCCUUCCAGCACAUGCACUGGACCUGGGCAGCUCUGAAGGGAUGGUAGAGCCAGCAUCACAGAGCUGCACAAUGUCUUUUUGCAUGACUGAUGCUCAGGUGCCACAUGGUAACAGCAUGGGUAACGUCCAAGAUGGCAAAGAUGUUCCCUGGAGGGCCAGCCAGGGCAAAUAUCCAGGACUCAUCAAGGUGGAUCAAGCAGGAUUGUGGAAGAAGCCCAGUGUGUUCGUUGUGCCAAGUCUGUGCGAUAUCAUCAGCCAGGACCUGGACGGUGACUACGUCGACCUGCUGGAGUUUUCUGAAGAAAUGAAGCUGGAUCUUCUGGCCAGGUCAGAACCAUCUGCUGAGCAACCUAGACCUUCUAGAGCAAUAAAGGUGCCAUCAGAGCGUAAAUCACGGCUUCCAAGGGUGAACAGAGAGUCAGAAGCAGAAAAAUGGACCUGUGGGAAAGGGCAGAGCUCAGAGGAGGGUCCCUGCACACCGUGUCUGAGGAGAAAACUGAACAGAGACCCAAAAUUCCAUGGGCCGAGGUGUCGAUACCGUGAGUCCUACGUGGCCGCCCUUCAGAACCCUGUGAGCUUUGGCUCUGGGCUGAUGGCAGCCAUAUUGGAGGAGUCUGAUGUGCCCAAACCGGAGUUCCCUUCGGCAAGCACAACUCCAGAGAGUCCAGCUCACCCCAGACGGAGGCCAGGCCAGGCAGCCGCUCCCAGACUCCUCUCUGGCUGUCUUCAGAAGGUAGCGACUCAGGAAACGAAAGCCGAGGAGGUGACAAAGCAGGGAUACUUAAAGCUUCUCAAGUCUCCUGCUGGUGCAAUGAGAAACCUCCCUCGGCCACAGUCUCCCCCUGCCAGCCACAAAUUCUCCUUCUUCAAAGGCCAACGACAACCAGCAUCCCCAGGGGACAGUUUGUCUGGUACCAGCCAACAUGAAGGGCCUCGGAAAAGGAUGUCGGCUAUUUACUCUCCCAGGAUGAACAGAGCUAAGCUGGCUGGGAAAGGUGCCGAUCAGAUGGAUGCGUCUCUCUUCGACAUCAACUCUCUCCAAGACACCAACUGUAAGAAUGGUCUUUGUGCCGCCACCCUGAGCUCUCCUGCCCAGGAGCCACUGUCUGCAGAGUCCAGCCCUCAACGGCCACCCCAAUGGCAGGAUCUCUGCGUUGAGCUCUUGCGCUCGGGCGUAGCUUGUUUGCCAGGGAGCACAGAUAAGCUUGGCCGGGCCCUGAUCCAGGUGACCACGAGCAGCAGAGCAUGGGAAGCCACCUGGUGCUCCACCAGAGAGGUAGCCCAGCUCCUCCUUUACCUCUGCUCCAUCCCCAGGAGGGAAACAAGGGACAGAGGGCUGACCAUUGUGGUGGAUGCCAGGAGACAGCCUCCCUCCCCGAUCCUGCACACGGCAUUCAGAUCAGUCCAGAGAUCUUCACCUGCCUCCGUCCAUGCUGUGUUGCUGUUGGCAGAGAAGGAGGUGGCUGCACACCUGGAGAAGUUACCUGGAAUGCAGGUGGAGGUGCUGACUUCCCUCAGAGCUCUGGGCCGAUAUGUCGACAGCACCCAGCUGACGCCAGACUUGGAUGGUACUUUCCCUUACAGCCACGGCGAGUGGGUUCAAUUCUUCCAGAAGCUACAUCCCUUUGUGGCUGAUCUCAAGCAAGCCUCCAAGCUACUGCAGAGCUCCAUCCAGGAACUGGAGAAGGGCGACUUCCCAGAGGAUGUGCAGGAGGCAGCCGAGUGCAUGGAGAGGUACAGGGAGCUGAUGAAGGCAGUGCUCAGCAACGUGCAGCUGGUCAGCUUGCAGAGAGAGGGUGGGGCCACGCUGGCCAGGCUGAGGAAGGAGGCAUCCCGGCUUAGCUUCUCACCGGACGUCAGGAACAGCAUGGACUCAGCCAUGGGCCUCUACAACCAAGUGGAAGAAGAAGUUCACACUUUGGUGAUGAAAUCCAACAGCUGCCUGGAGCGCCUGGAGUUUCUCCGAAAGAUCCAGGAGUUUGAGGCAGAAUUCAGCAAGCUCACUUGCUGGAUUGAUGAAGGAGAUUCUCGGCUCCAUGAGCUGAGCACUGAGGAAUGGAGCCCGGACAGCCCAGAGAGAUCCUACCAGCAGUUUAAGGAAUUCUUUAUUCAGGCUACAGCUCACUACAACAAAGGACUUGUGCUAUGUAAGGAAGCUGCUGAGUUCCAAGGCUCCAUGUUCCCAGAGGCACAAGCCUUCGAGGCAGCCAGAGGUACCAUGCAGGCCAAACUGAGGAGUUUCUACAUGAACUUGGAGAGGCAGCAGGCUGAGCUGGAAACUCUGCUCAAUCUCUGCAGGUUCUGUGACAAGAUAACAUUGCUUAACCUUGACUGCAAAAUUCACGUGACUUGUGUGAAGCUUGGAGAGGGACAGCCAGUAAGUCGGGAGGCCCUACAAUGCCUAGAGAAAUCAUUACAGAAGCUAACUGUGGAGUUUUCAGCAGAGAGGUUCCAGGAGAUGAAGGUACAAGCCUACACCAUGCACAGCUGCAAAGGACUAGAGGUAUGGAACAAGGCAUGGCAGAAGUGUCAAGAAACCAGGCAGAUCCUUGAGGAGAUACUGGAAAAAUUCAAGGAGGCCCAAAGUGUUGAGCCAGACUGUAGUGGGGAGGAAGAUUCUUUCAGCUCAGCUGCUACUAAAUCAGGCCCCAGAGUCCAAGGUAAAGUUCCUCAUGUUUGCAAAGCAGCUUCCAACCCUGCCCAAGCAUCAGCAGAAAGCAAGACACAAGUUCAAGAAUCAGGAUGCAAAGCAAGGAGUGAGAUAGAAUUAAAACCACAUCUGCCCACAGACUCUGACCUAGACAUAGAUCCCAGGGACCCCAGGUGUUCUCAGCAGGAAUCCUUGGACUGCAAGGAUGUGCAGGAGAGCAGAUGUACUUAUCAAGCCUCAAUAGCAGCUGAAGAGUCUCCCCUGAGUGCUGCAAGUGGAGCUGAUCUUGAACAGAGAGAAGCCCUGGCUCCGAAUCCCAGCACGGAGGCCUUAGGAAGCCUCCAAGUGGCACCCCCUCAGAAGCCACCUCUGACUCUUCCAUCACAAGCCUGCUGCCCAGACAGUGGCCAGUUUCCUCAGGACAGCGCGAGCGAGUCCCUGGGUGAUGCGCCUUGCUCAGCCCCCAGCACAGGUGCUCAGCAGCACUGGGGUAAGGUGCCGGAAGCAGCCCAAUAUUUCCAGGUAUCCAGGCAUGGCAGCUUUUCGUCUGAAGAUACAGAGGCACAGAACUCGGCCCAAGACCCUUCAACAACCAGUCUCCUUUUGCCCAUGGAACUCGUGAGUCCUAGACUGUCCGGGCCUCUGGGAAAGCCCCUGGGAAUCAUAUAUCUGGAAAACCACCACACAAAUAGCCAUGCAAAAGCAGAUGCUGAGUAAAACCAGCUCUUUCGAAACUAGGUUGGCUUUGUCUUUCCAGUCCUGGCAACUUUGGCCACGGAGUGGAUGUACUGUCUAGUGAUUAGAGCACACGACUGGGCAUCAGACCUACUGGGCUCUACUCCUUACCUUGCCAUUGACUCAUUUCUUGGCCUUAGGCAGGUUACUUCACUCCUCUGUGCCUAAGUUCUACCCAUCUGCAAAAUGGGGAUAACAAUACUUACCUACCUCACGGAGAGUUGUGAGGCUCAGUUAAUAAUCUUGAAGUGCUUUGUGGUCCUCCUAUGAAAGGCAUCCAGCUGGGUAAGUGAAGGGUAUUGGUUGAGUUAACAGUAACGUUCUCCUGGUAAAAAGAAAAGGAGUACUUGUGGCACCUUGGAGACUAACCAAUUUAUCUGAGCAUAAGCAUCUGAUGAAGUGAGCUGUAGCUCACAAAAGCUUAUGCUCAAAUAAAUUGGUUAGUCUCUAAGGUGCCACAAGUACUCCUUUUCUUUUUGCGAAUACAGACUAACACGGCUGUUACUCUGAAACCUGCACUGAUCAUGCAUCUCACUAUAGGAUGUUCCUCACUGCUGAAUCUUCCCCUGUCCAGAGCUGCCAGGCCUCGGAGUGUAAAUUGUUACCACAACAGAGCUAUCACCAAAUCCCUCCUUCCUCCUCCCAACUCCCCUGCCUUCCAGUGGAAUUUCCCUCCUGCCUACAUGUAUUACUGUCUCCUUUCCCUCCUCAUCUAUGGGGCUACUGCAGCUUGUUUUGCAAUAUUUUGUCCCUGUUAAAACAAGGCUAAUUUUAUUAACAAUAGUAAACCCCAAUGCAGAGCUCUCAGUGUAGAGCAGUGCAGAGGAAACGACAUUCCAGCCUACAGUCAGACAGCGCCCAGAGUCUGUUCCAGCUGCGAACAGAAAUCCUUCUCGGGUGCUACUACUCCUGCAGGAGGAGCCAGAGGAAUAAAUUCAAGGUGAGCACCAAAAUCCAGUCCUGAUUCAUCUUCUCUUAGCAGCUGUGCUCAGUAUACUCUAAGUGGGCCAAAAAAGAAAUGUCAGAUUCUACUCCUCCCAUAAUCCAUCCCCAGCAGACAGCCAUUUAUUCUCCUUAAUCCAAGGGUGGAAAUUUCAGUUGGCUCCUGGACAGACUUUCAAGCACACGGGACCCACCGGUGUGUGUACAAAACGCAGGCAGGGAUGUCCAUAACUUGUACGCCGUGUUACAGAGACUGUGCAUGCAAGCGGCCGUUGUUCGCAGUUUGCACACACUGUUCCCCAGUAAUCUUGUGUGUGAGUGGUUUAAAAAUCCGUCCCUGGGUGUCUGCCUCGGAAGGGUUGUGGUGAAGUCUUGAGUGUUUUUCUUUUUAACAAAACAUUCAAAUCCAGGCUCGUCUCUCAGACUGCACUGCCUCCUCCUCCUCCUUUUCCCCAUCCCCUUGUCAGUUCAGAAGGGUGCGUUGUGUUUGGUUCCAUCCUGUCCCGCACAGCCAGCUGGCAAUAGAACAAGAGGACCUGCUUCCAGGCCUGUGGGGUCGGGUCACUGUCCUUCCUGGAUUGUAAGGCAAGGAGGGACCAUUCUGGUUACUAGUCUGAGCUCCUGCAUAAACAUAGGGAGUUCAAGCCCAGAAGGGAUUGUGAGAUCAUCUGGUCUGACCUAGAUCACAGGUCCUCAACUUUCACUCCGUUGCCCCUGUAUUGAAACAACUCACUUAUGUUUGGCCGAAGCAUCUUCCAGACAGAAGCAUCCAGCCCCAGGCUCUGAGUCUGCUUUUCUCCUCUCAAAGCCCUGUCGGACGCAGGAUUUACACUGGACAAAGUCACCUCUCAGCCUUCGUUCCAAUAAGCAAAGCAGAUUGAGCUCGGUCACUGGCUCACUGCCAGCCAUUUUGUCCAGCCCUCGCGCCUUUUUUCUGCACCUUGUCCAAAAUGUGGACCUCAGACCAGGACACGGGAUCCAGCAUCGCUCUCACCAGUGCCAUUUACAGAGGUAAAUCACCUCCCGGCUCCACCUCACCACUCCCCUGUUUAGACCCCCAAGGACCACAUGAGCCCCGUCUGCCACAGCAUCACUCUGGGAGCUCCCGGUGAGCUGCUGGUGCACUGUGACCUCUAGAUCCUUUUCAGAGUCCCUGCUUUCCAGGACAGUCCCCCAGGCUGUAGGGAUGCUCUUCACUCCUGUCCCGAGACGUAUAACUAUGCAUUUGACUGUAUUAAAACACAUUCUAUUAAAAUGGACCCAGAAUACCAAAUAACCCAGACUGCUCUGUCUGACAGCCCUGUCCUCCUCAUUUUUUACCACUCAGCGAAUCUUUGUGUCAUCCGCAAAUUUUAUCAGCAAUGAUUUUAUAUUUACUUCCAGGUAACUGAUGAAAAUGUCAAAUAGCAUUGGGACCAGCGCUGAUCCCUGCGGAACCCCACUAGAAACACCCCCAUUUGAUGGUGAUUCCCCAUUGACAACUACUUGAGAUCUGUCAGUUUGCCAAUUUAUAGUCCAUUUAAUGGGUGCUUUAUUGAUAUUGUAUAGCACUAAUUUUUAAUCCGAAUGUCAUGCAGUACUAAAUCAAAUUCCUUACAAAAGUCCAGGUAUAUUACAUCCAUGCAGUUAUCUUUAGCAACCAAACUUGUAACCUCAUCAAAGAAUGAAAUCAGGUUUGUUGGACAAGACUUAUUUUCUGUAACACUUGCUGCCUGACAUUAAUUAUAUUCCUUUAAUUCUUUAUUAAUUGAAUCCUAUAUCAGAUUUUCUAUUAUUUUGCCCAGGAUUGAUGUCAAGCUAGCUGGCCAGUCAUCCUGCUUGCCCUUUUUGAAUGUUGUCACAAAAUUAGCACUCUUCCAGUCUUCUGGAAUGUCCCCGAUAUCCCAUGUUUUAUUAAAAAUGAACCUCACUGAGACAAAGAUAUUCUCAGCCACCUCUUUUCAGACUCUUGUAUGCAAGUUAUCCAGGCUGCUGAUAUAAAAAUGUUUAUCCCUAGUACAUGUUGUGUAACAUACUCCUUGAUUACUAAUAGACUGGAAAGUACUCCAUUCAUCAUGUAAUACAAAAAUAUCACCCUGCUUCUUUCCAAAUACAGAACAGAAAUAUUUAUUGAACAUUUAUUUCUACCUUUUCUGCACUAUUAAUUGUUUUACCAUUUCCUUCUAGUAAUUGGCCUAUAUCAUUGCAAGGAUUUCUUUUGUUCCUAAUACACUUUAAUAAACUCCUUAGUAUUGUCCUUAGCCCUCCCAGAUGUGGAUUUAUCUGUAAUAUCUUUAGCUUCCUUUAUCAAUUUUCUAUACUUCACAACUUCUAAUUUAUAUCAUGAGCUAUCCUUUCCCCCCCCCCCACCCAUUAUAUGUGGCUUUUUUAUUUCUAAUUGCUGCGUUCACUACCCCAUUGGACCAGGAGGGUUUUUAGCCAAUAUUUUCUUCCUUGAGGUAGAAUCCUGGCUUUUAUUAGGAUCCUAAUAAACUCUGCUUAAACAACUCCCUAUUUUCAUUUGCAUUUUUCUGUGUAAAAUUUUUCCUCCUAAUCAAUUUCAUUCAUAGUUUACCUCAGGUUUGGGACAUUGACUGCUUUGAAGCACCAAACCUUUUUAUUACUGGUUGGGACUGCCCUCUUUUUUCCCAGAUUGAAUGUAAUCAGGUCAUGAUCACUAGUCCCUAGGCAACCACCAACUUGCAGUCUAGUGAUUAAAUCCACU